CGAGGAGGAAGAGGAAAAUAAUUUAUUGAAGAUAAUAAUGGCCGCCAGCCGAAGAUUUAAAUCCAUCCCCCACAGAUCAGUCGACAUCGGAGGGUCGUCGUUGGGCCAGUCGUCCCUUUGAGGCCACUUUCACCUCCGUUGCUCCCCUGGCUCCGCUGCUCCCCCACAAUGCAUUGCUGGAAGCUGUCUGUUGUCUUGGAAAGACCGGCGUAACCUUUUUCACCACUCCUCCAAAUAUCCAAUCACAAAGGUCCGCUCCCCGUCGGCCUGGUGGCUCGUCCCGCUGCAGUCAUGUCCGGUUCUGGUGAUCUGCCAGCCAUCGAGGGCUCGGGCAUGGGGGGCAUGAGGCUCCCGGUGGGGAUGACCCGCCGGGCGCUGAGCUACGACGACAACCUGGAGGCCCCCAUGUCCACGCCCCCCCACGACAUCAGCAUCAACAAGCUGUGGAGGCGGCCCCUCAUCCCCGAGAGGAGGUUCACACACCUGGCCGAGGAGGACGAGAGCGGCGGGGGGAAUGCGUCCAGCGCUCAGGACAGCGCCCCCUUCAAAACGGGCCCGGUGGUCAAAGCCAAGGCGUCCUCCAUCAUCAUGAACUCGCUCAUCACCAAGCAAACGCAGGACAGCAUGUUCCGGUUCGAGCAGCAGGCGGGGCUCACCGACGCCAGCUACACCCCCCACAAAGGGCUGACGGCGGAGGAGACGCGCCACCACCACCGCAUCCCCGAGGCCCUGCAGAAAAUCCAGAUCCAGAGUUUGGAGGCCAGAGAGGAAAGACAGAGCUCCUCUGCACAGUCCACCCCGUCCAACACUCCACACAGCUCCCCCAAGCUGCAGCGCAGGGGCUGGUUCGGCAGCACGAGUUCAGAGGUCAGCGUCAGCUCCUCCAGCAGUGUGGACUUGGGAGGAGGCGUGGCAGGAGACGCAGCAGCAGCAGCAGGAGGCGGAGGAGGCGCCGUGGAGCGGUGGAGUGUGUUCGGGCCUCGUCCUCUGGUCCACAAGUCGACCUCUGACCUGGGAUCGGACCAAGGCUCUGCAGCAGGCUUUGCGCUGCAGGCGUACCGCGGCGCCCAGAAGCCGACCCCCAUGGAGGUGAUGAAGUCCCAGGCCACGCGGCUGGCCGACUCCGCCGACGCCCAGAAGGCGGCCCCCCCCAAGAUGGAGAUCCCCACGGUGGACGGCCGGCGGCAGGGAGCGCGGCCGCACAAGCUCAAACACCGAGACAUGAACAUCCUGACCCCGUCCGGCUUCUGAACGCCCCCCUCCCCCCCCCCCCCCCCCCCCCCCCCCCCGCGCCGUGAGACCAGUUCAUCCAUUUCCAGACGUUAGCCUACUUCAUGGUUCCAGCUCUCCCUCCCUCGCCGCGGCGUUUCGCCGUUAGGUUCAGAGUGUCAGCUGAUGCAACCCGACCCGACCCGUUAUGCAACCAGGCAGAGGGUCAGGGCGGAAUCCCAGAGCCAGGAAACCGACUGAACCCCCACUGAGCACAUGGCAGCGCUCCGAGGAGACGGUGAAGACAGCGCUCCUGGACCAACUUUCAUCGUUUCCUCACACAUUCUGAGUUUUUUAUUUUUUUGUUGUUUUUUCAACCCUCUGAUGAGAGUAAACUGGGUUUGUUUCCCACCUGUGCAGACGCUCAGCCGGAGCCUGAGUGUGUGUGUGUGUGUGUGUGUGUGUGAAUCCGGUGGUUUAUUCCUGUCAAACCUGCAGCUUCUGCAGCAUUUCUUUGGACCAGUAAAGAACCGCCUGGUGUCAGGAAGAGCUCAGACUGAUCCGUGCAGCACCGAUCAGUCGGCUCGGUGUAAAUCACUCAGAAUAGACCCGCUGGAAAUGCACUUUAGCUCCUCGCUGCCGUCUCUUUAAAAGACGUUUCAUGGAGCAGGAUGGGAAGUCUGUAACCCUCUGAAGGAAGUUUACUGUCAUCAGACCCGACGGAACCAAUAGAUGUAGAGAAUCUCGUCUCAGGAAAGGCUGAAACCUUCCUGACAUUCCUUUUCUUUUUAUGUCUUUCUUAAUUUACUUUUGUCGUCUGCUGUAGCCUCAGAUCAUCCUCUUAAAGCCCAGAUGCAUUCCAGCGUUCGCCUCCGUUCACCAGAAAAAAGAAUUAAUCUCCAGGUAGAACUGAAGAAAGCAGGGAGGAAGCUUCGUGAGCGUUUUCCCUGCAGCGCUGACUGGAUCAUUAUCACGGACCUCACGGACCUUAUUUAACACUGUUGUUAUGAAGUGAAAACAGGAAAUGGUUCUAUGUUACAGAAGAGAAGAACCGGUGUUUUUUUGUUGUUUAUUUUAAUGAAGAUGAGACUCCUCCCCCCGCCUGGUGUUCGGUGUCGUCUCCUCUAUGAUCCUCACAUCUGGACUCAGAAAAACACGCACUGUAGAUAUUAGAGAUGAAGGAGUGUGACUGUGUUGGCUGUUCUCUCGGAGUCUCCUCUGAAGCUUCCGUCUCGAUUCCCUCCUCGGUAAAGUGUCGUGUCGUCCCACUGAACUCUUGUUUGUGUGUUUUUUUCCAUCUGAUGUUGAUUUGUAGCGUCUGUACAUUUUAGUUUUCUUCUGCCAAAAGCGGUUUGGACAGAAUAAAUGUUACGUUGCCUCCAGAAA